CAGGAAAUAAAAGGAAACAGAGGACAUGGCUCACCUGGAAGGCCCUUGGAGCUGGUUAGCUGUGACCGUGACUGUCGCCGUGCUCCUGGGUGGGAGGCCCUGCGUGUGUAUCGACGUGUCUGGCUCCCGUCCGAACAUCGUGCUCCUCAUGGCCGAUGACCUUGGCAUUGCAGACGUCGGCUGCUAUGGCAACAACACCAUCAGUUCAGGAAAAUGGCACCUGGGUCUCAACUGUGACUCCUCCGACGACCACUGUCACCACCCGCACCAGCAUGGGUUCGACCAUUUCUACGGCAUGCCGUUCACCAUGCUGGCAGAUUGUCUGCACUGGGAGAUGUCCGAGAAGCGUGCAGGCGUGCAGCGCAAGCUCAACGUGUGCGUUCAGGUCCUGGCCUUGGCCGCCCUCACGCUCGCCGCUGGGAAACUCGCCCGCCUGCUGUCCGUCUCGUGGACACCGGCCGUCUGGUUGGCCGCNUUUUUUUACUUUCUGUCUGCGACUCCCAAUAUCGACCGCCUGGCAGCCGAUGGUGUCCGGCUCACCCAAAACAUAGCGGCUGCUUCCGUGUGCACGCCAAGCCGGGCCGCCUUCCUCACAGGCAGGUACCCUCUCCGAUCAGACAGCCGUCCGGGUGGACGGGCUCCAACGCACCGGUUCCUUGCAGGAAGGAUCCUCGAGACUUUGGACACGGAAGGUCUGACGAACAGGACCCUCGUCUAUUUCACGUCCGAUCACGGUGGAUCCUUAGAAUCUCAACUGGGGAAUCAGCGGUAUGGUGGCUGGAACGGGAUCUAUAAAGUCUGCAGGGUGGUCGAUGGCCGGGACCUGUUACCAUUGCUACUGGGGACCGUCCAGCGCUCGGACCACGAGUUCCUGAUGCAUUAUUGUGAGACGUUUCUGCACGCAGUCCGGUGGCACCAAAGGGACAGAGGAGCCGUGUGGAAGGUCCACUAUAUGAGCCCGCGGCUCCCCGAGAGCAGAGGCGGCGCCUGCGAAGGGGAGCUGGUGUGCCCGUGCUCCGGGGACAACGUGGUCCUUCACGACCCACCUUUGCUGUUUGACCUCUAGAGAGACCCUUCAGAGUCGCACCCGCUCACACCCGACACGGAGCCCUUGUUCUAUCAGGUGCUGGAGACAGCCAAGCGUGCGGUGAAGCAGCACCGCCGGACGCUCACCCCGGUUCCGCUGCAGCUGGAUGGGCUGUCCAACGUCUGGAAGCCAUGGCUGCAGCCCUGCUGUGGGCCCUUCCCCCUGUGCUGGUGCGACCGGGAAGGGGACUCACAGUAGCCACCUGCCUGGGGACACGGGCUCCCUGCUGCCUGCAUUUGUUCGCUGGGGUUGAAAUAAAACUCCACGGUGAAAUUCA